AUGGUCCACGGAAAGCCUCGUCAUUCCCAAAGCCAGGGAUCAGUUGAGCGGUACAAUCAGGAUGUCAGAGAUAUGCUGGUAUCGUGGAUGGCCGAUAAUAAAACCAAAAAAUGGUCGGAAGGGUUACGCUUUAUCCAGAGUAAAAAGAAUCGUGCUCUUCAUACUGGAAUUAAAGUGAGUCCAUAUGAAGCAAUGUUCGGCUGUUCACAAAAAAUUGGUUUAGGCGAUUCACAAUUAUUGGAGGAAGACUACGCUUCAAUGACUACUGAGGAAGAACUUGAGGAACUUUUAAGCGCGCCUAAUACUGAGGAUCAGAGUGCGGACAACUCAACUGAAGAUAAUACUAAUGAUUGCGAAAAAGACGUAAUUGAUAAUAAAUGUCACAUUUGUGGAAUUGAAGCCGACGUUGAGGACCUUUGCAUUACUACUGACGAAAAUGAGCUUAAUGGCAAAAAAUUGUGCAAGGUGUGCUUCAGAAAAAUAGUGAAUACACGGGGUGCAGCAGCAAGAGGGUUAAAGCGGCAAGCAGAAAAAAUGCUUGCUCAUUCCAACGAGAAGUUAAGACCAGUUCCUGUUGGGUCAAACGUGGUAUUGGGAGUUCCUGAUGUGGAUAGAAGCAGAGUUGCAGCUCGUAACGUACUGGCAGUUGUUGAAGCAGUCACACCUGAUGGUCUUCAUCGUUUAGGAACCAAAGAUGGUACACUGCAUAGGCAGUACGCGCGGAAUGAAUUUACCCCUGCUGAUUCAAGAUUUAUAACCGCACAGGAUGUACCACCCACAACCUUAACUUUACGAAAAGCUUCGGCUCUUAACUCUGGUUCAACGCAAGGAUUUGUUUUCUGCAACUGCGCGCAAUAUUGCAAAACAAACAAAUGCAAGUGUCGGACAAAAAAUGUGGAUUGCAAUUCCAAAUGUCAUUCAAACAGUUCUUGUAAAACUAAAUUUUCUGACUAA